AUGGGCAGCUUAACCACCGUCAGCGCCCAGGCUGUCACGGCCCCCCUGACCCGAUCAGCAACCUUCCUCGUCCUAUCCGUCACAAAGCCCUCAGACAUCCCAAUAAUUCGCUCGGCCCUUGCCAGCGUCUCCAGCCUAGCCAAAAAUGUCGCCUUCCGAGACCCCGACGCCAACUUCAACUGCACCGUAGGCAUCGGCAGCUCCAUCUGGGACGAGCUCACCAACCUCCCGCGACCCAAAGAACUACACCCCUUCCGCGAAAUCAAGGGCGCCAAACACACCGCUGUCUCCACCCCCGGCGACCUCCUCUUCCAUAUCCGCUCCGAGCGCCGCGAUAUCUGCUUCGAGUUCGAGCGCCAGCUCAUGGACCGCCUCGGUGGCUCCGUGCAGCUCGUCGACGAAACAGUUGGCUUCCGCUACUUCGACGCCCGCGAUCUCCUAGGCUUUGUCGACGGCACCGCGAACCCCGUGGGCCCGGACGUUCCGCUCUCCGUCCUUAUCGCGAGCGAGGACGACCCAAAUGCUCGGAGCGGCAGCUACGUCGUUGUACAGAAAUACGUACACGACCUGGCCGGCUGGAAAUGCAUACCCGCAGAACAACAAGAGCAGAUCAUCGGACGGACAAAGCCCGAUAACAUUGAACUCGACGACGCCAAGGACGGCAAUCAGGCCUCGCAUAAGACCCUGAACACGAUUAAGGAUGAAAACGGCGACGAGCAUGAUAUUGUCCGCGAUAAUAUGCCCUUUGGAUCGCCGGCGAGUGGGGAGUUCGGGACUUACUUCAUUGGGUAUACCAACCGGCUGUGGGUUAUUGAGAAAAUGCUCGAGCGGAUGUUUGUGGGGCAUCCGCCCGGGUUGCAUGAUCGAUUGUUGGACUUUUCGAGGCCGUUGACUGGGACUGUUUUCUUCGCGCCAUCGCCUACGGUGUUGGAUGGGCUUGAUGGCUGA